UCGUAGGGAGGGGCAUCGAGCACCUCCUUCAACCUGCCACUUUCCCUGCUUCUUGUACUUUGCGAUCUACCUAUACACUGUAGGGUCCCCUCAUAUAUAUCUUAUUCCUGUCUCUAAUCCGUGGAUCGCACCGCUUUCAGCAUGCCGUGGUUGUCGUCCGGUGGAUGAUCAACACCAGGCGUGUUCUCGAGUGCAGUCCGGUAAGGUUCUCCAGCUCUCCGUGUUGGCCGAUCUGAGGAAAGCAGAGAAUGCACAUUGAGGUCACAGGGAAUGGAGAUCGACCGGUGGGGAAGGUUGGGGGUUCUAUAAUGAAUGAAAGGAUCAUUGCUUCUUGUCAAUUCUCGCAGGUUUGCCCGGCAGAGUACUUCCGUCAGUUGCUUAAGCCCGUCACGUAGUUUGAGCGCCAGUUGAUCUACAGGCUCCGUUCUAUCCCUUUUUAUCAGUUUCGAUUCGACAGCCUCAGUUUCUUUCUGAAUAUCCGGCGACAUCGAGUUAUUCUUCCCACCCACAGAGCUCACGAUGCAGAGGAACCCAAGAUAUUACGGCGACGCGCCGCCCGACGACGCAUAUGAGUACGGAGACUAUGCUUAUGAUUCCGAGGGCGGUGGUGGGGGUGGCGGCUACUACAACUACGGCGCUACGCCACCACAAGCCUACGGCGCCACCCCUGUUUCCGGUUACGAGUGUCAUGACUUCCCGGCCCCGCUCAACAACGUUGAGUUCCGGCCGUCGGAGACCUGCCCCAGGAACUUCGUCAUCUUCGACCAGACCCACCACAGAAGUCAGGUGAUGUUCCACCCCUCGCUCGCCCACAAGUUCGGGUCGCCAGGCUUCGACGCCUGCGGCGGAGGAGCUCCUCGCGCCGAUGAGGCAGGCAAAAGUGCGUACAGGGACAAUGACGAAGAGACGGAAGACAUCGACGCGCUGCUGAGCUCGGAAGAGGGGGAGGAGGAGGAGGACGACGACGACGACGUGGUCAGCACGGGGAGAACUCUUGGUCGCUGGGCCGGCGUCAGUUCGCAGGACACCGCUUGUUCGUCGCAGUCCGACUCCAAGUCUAAGAAUAAGCAGGUUUCUUCGAUUACUGCCGGAGGUGGCAGUGGGAAAAGGGAGAAGAUGAAGAAGAUGGUGAAGACGCUGAAAGGAAUCAUCCCCGGCGGCGAUCGCAUGGAUACUCCUGCUGUUCUUGAUGAAGCCGUCAAGUACCUGAAAUCGCUGAAAGUGGAAGCGAAGAAGCUAGGAAUCAAGCACAGAUGAGCACAGUCAACUUUCAUCGCAAUCAACUUCCAUGAAUUUUGUAGGUAAAUGGUAACAUCAAUUCUUGAGACCA